GCCACACACACGCGACGAGCGCGUUGCCCAAAGACCGGAAACGACGAAACGUGAUACGUGACCGAGGCAAACCGUGACUUCCCGUGACUUGUCGUGUAUCGUGACUCGGGUGAGACUGCUCGGCUGGCUUUCGUGCCCUUUAUAUCUGGCGUCUCAAUCGGAAUUGGUAUUGGAAUCGCGUCAUUGGAGUGACUGAUUUCGCAUUACGUUUGGUGAUUGUGCGAACGGUUUCUCGCGUUUGACCAUGACUGUUGCCUUACGUCGUCGAACGUAAGGGCAGUUACGUAAGCCAUACCGAUAAAGGGACCGAAACGCAAGGCGCUCGAAUGCGUUACGUUGCGCAUGAGAUGGCGGCACGCAGUUCGCGCUACAUUUACUCCGACCACAGCCACCGAAUCUAGUUCGCUGCCAGGGAAAAGUUAUAUGUAAUUCGAGAGCCACACAAAUUGCGCAUGAAAUGUUGGUGGAAUACUUUAUGGCGCUGCUCGUGAUCAUGGGAUUAACCGCAACAGUCGACAAGCACAGCCGCCGGCCCAGCAGCAGCAGGCAAUACUUCGGUCACCUGGCCGCCGCCGAGGAACUGUCCAACCUGAUACCCGACAACUACGAAGGUCCCGAUCCCAUCUUCGAUAACUCCACAGAUCGGGAAAUCAUUGCCGCUCUGGGCACCACCGCCCGACUGCACUGCCGCGUCCGGCAUCUGGGUGACCGAGCAGUGUCCUGGAUCCGGCAACGUGACCUCCACAUUCUCACCAUCGGCAUCAUGACCUACACCAAUGACCAGCGAUUCUUGGCGCGCCACAUUGACAACUCCGACGAGUGGGUGCUCAAGGUCGUGUCGGUGCAGCCCAGGGAUGCGGGCAUCUAUGAAUGCCAGGUGUCCACAGAGCCCAAGAUCAGCCUGGCCUACAAGCUGGUGGUUGUGACAUCCAAGGCCCAGAUCCUCGCCAACCGCGAGCUGUUCAUCCAAAAAGGCAGCGACAUCAAUCUGACGUGCAUCGCCCCGCAGGCGCCCGGCCCCUACACGCACAUGCUCUGGCACAAGGACACGGAGCUGGUGAGCGACUCGGCGCGGGGCGGCAUCCGGGUGGUGUCCGAGCAGCAGAUGAAGACCAGCAACCUGGUGAUAUCGCGCGUGCUGAACACGGACUCAGGCAACUACACCUGCUCCGCGGAGAACUCGAAUUCUGACAGCGUCUUUGUGCAUAUCAUUAAGAGUGAGCAGCACGCGGCCAUGCAGCACGAGCUGGGAGCGAGGCUGGAGCUGCCACCACUGCCAUUGCUGCUCCUGGCGGCCCUUCUGGUCGUGCUCGCCUCCCCAGUAACCCCAUCUCCGCCAGCAGCUCUUGCAGCAGCGCCCCUUUAAGCCGGGCCAAAGUCGAGCGGCAACUUAUGUUCGAUGUCUGGAGCCCGGGAGCCGGGACACGCCCACUAGGAGAUGGGAUGACUGGCUGACUGGAAAGGAUGGUGGCUGGAGGCUGGAGGCUAACGACGUCGAUGUCGCGUUGUCUUGUAAAUAUGUAAAUCGAGUUUUUGUUUAUGUUUGUGUUUGUGUGGCUCAGUCUCUAAGUAUUUUUAUACGUAAUUAAGUAAAUAGGUCGAGAGUGCAUACGUCUAGCAAAUAUGUAUAUGCUCAUAUGCUAAGUACAUACACAUAAGUAGCAUAUACAUGGCCGAUCGCAUACCUAGAGAUACCAGAAGCGAGCAAUCGAAUCGAAUCGAAU